CUGGCUCGCUGCUCUCACCUGUUAGCGCCUGCAGCUCGGUGUGGAAUGCGGGGCCUAUGCAGUGCAAUGAUCCUCCUCCGGCGCUCUGAGCAUGCGUACGCGCCGCGCAGUGGAGGAAGUUGCAAAAUAGUUACAAGUCGUCAUCCAUGACAGCAAGCUGAAAUAUUCUCUUGUCACCAACCGUGCACAAAGUAUGUAGCCAUUGCAAAGUGUUGAGUCUCCCUGGCAAAACUGCUGAAAACCUGCUACAGCCUUGCAAUGAUGAUUUCUGAAGGUGACCUGGACCAGCUGGCUGAAAUAGAACUGCAGAAGGAUGAGGAGGAGCAAGAGGAGCUGGGGGAGGGUCCUGCGCCCCCUGGAGGCAGCUCUUGGCAGGACAUCUCACAUCCAUACUAUGAUGUGGCACGCCAUGGCAUCCUUCAAGUCACCGGGGACGACAAUUAUGGCAGGAAGCUGAUCAUCUUCAGUUGCUGCUGCUUGCCCCCGUCCCACCAGCUCAACCACCAAAGGCUCCUGGAGUACUUGAAGUACACAUUGGACCAGUAUGUGGAGAGUGACUAUACUGUUGUUUACUUCCACUACGGACUGCGCAGCACCAACAAACCCUCUCUGCGAUGGCUGAGGGACGCCUACAAGGAGUUUGACCGCAAGUACAAGAAAAAUCUGAAGGCUCUUUACGUUGUCCAUCCGACCAACUUCCUCAGAGUCCUGUGGAGCGUAUUCAAACCCCUCAUAAGCCACAAGUUUGGGAAGAAGCUGACCUACGUCAAUUAUCUGGCAGAACUGAGAGAGCACCUCAGCUAUGACCAGCUCAUCAUUCCUCCCGAUGUUCUCCGACACGACGAGAAGCUGAGAGCUGCACAGAAAGGAGGCCCACCCCCUCCAGCGAAGGUUCCACCCCCCCGCCCCCCACUCCCCACCCAGCAGUUUGGGGUCAGCCUGCAGUACAUUCGUGACAAGAACAAAGGCGCAUUAAUCCCCCCGGUCAUGUCUCAGACCGUGUCCUACCUGAAAGAGAAAGGGCUCCGCACCGAGGGCAUCUUCAGAAGAUCGGCCCGUGUGCAGCUUAUCAGAGACAUCCAGAAGCUCUACAACCUGGGAAAGCCAGUGGACUAUGAAGAGUACGAGGACAUCCACGUCCCCGCCGUCAUCCUCAAGACCUUCCUGCGGGAGCUGCCCCAGCCGCUGCUCACCUUCCCCCUGUACGAGCGCGUGCAGGACAUCGUGCGCGUGGAGACGAGCCUGAGAGUGACGAAGGUCAAGCAGAUGAUCGAGAGCAUUCCAGAACACAACUACAUAGUGCUGAAAUACCUGGUCUGCUUCCUGCACAUGGUCUCUCAGGAGAGCAUCAUCAACAAGAUGAGCCCAUCCAACCUGGCCUGUGUGUUUGCAGUCAACCUCAUCUGGCCUGGCCAGGGUUCCGUCUCCCUCAAUGCCCUUGCCCCCCUUAACAUCUUCACAGAGAUCCUCAUAGAACACUACCACAUGGUCUUCAGCUCACGGUCACCACCUGGUCAAGUCUUACCCUGACAAGGUCACACCCAGACUCACCAGACGUAUUCCCUUGAGGUCCCCGAAUACGACUGCAGCAUCUUCCGCUUCUGCAACAAAAAGGCCAGGCUGUACACUCAUAAAUAAAGCUGAGCUCAUAAAUAAA